CUCAAGUGCGUUAUCAUUAGUUGGAUCGACUUGCUAGACUGCACUGGUCUCAUAAUGAAUUAUGAUGCUGCAGAAACAAUUAUAUUAGUUGGUCCUGAACGCGAAGUUCUGCAAGACUUCGAUAAGACGUUGGCUAGUUUUGUUCCAAGAUACAAAACCAAAGAUGUACAACUAUAUUCGGGAAAAGAGCUGUUGCAGGCGAAUUUAGAUUUCAGUCGAAAUCAUACCAAAUGCUUUUUGGUAAUGCCACGUGCUAGCCGCACUCUUGUGUACAUCGAAGGCGAUAGCUGUAGCAUGUACCAGGAAGUUAAACACAUUUGUGUGGACAAAAAUGGAGAAUGGCAUCCAGACCGAGCUUUCAUCAUACUGCAUCAAAACAAAAACGUCACCAACCUUUAUGAUGGCGAUGAAAUCUCGUUAUGGUGGAAUUCUGGUCCUCAAAAAGAAUUAAAGCAGUUUGCAGAAGCAGAUCAGUUGAUCAGCUUUAAAAAACUGAACGAGCGUCAAAAGGAAGCAAUUGUCAAAUUUCUAGGAUAUGAGAAAAUAAUCACGCAACAGCCACAAGUGAUAGAUAAUGAGGCAACUUCACCAGUCCAUCAACUAAUCGAGGAAACCUGCACUUGCUGUUGGUUAAAAGUUCUUUGGACAAGAGUAAUGGCUAGAUGGUCUAUGUUCGAUUUACAAUUUUCGCUAGACAAAGAGAAUUGUUUAGUUUGCAAUUGUGUAUGUGACUGCUAGAAUAUUAUUAGUAAAUUGAAUCAUGUCGUGUUACAAAUAAUUGCUUUGAGUACAGUUUUGUUCCUUCACACUUACUUUGUACAGAAGUACAUUCAUAUAUGAAUUUGACAGUUUAGUUUUUGUAUCAUGUCUUCUCUGCUU